AUGAUAACCCAUUUUUGUCUCAAACGGCUACCACUAUCUCCACUACUAAUCCAUUUAGCUUUGAUCCUAUGGAGUUGGAAACCGGCUGAAGCUGAGAUUCCAGUUGUGCAACAAUUUUCAAAUACGACACCGUUUUCUGCAGCAGAAUCGGUUAUUACGGAAUCUGUAGUAACAGCACCACCUGAAACGCCCAAAAAGCCUUCAGACUUGGAUUUAAAGUAUUCGCUACAAGCUAAUGCUAAUGGCCCACCUAGGCCACCACCUCCUCGACCACCACCAUCUAAAGAAACCCAGGAUUUGCUUAUGUCCGUGAUGGGUGCAAUGGAUGCUACCAGUUCCUCUUUACUGGGUAAAAUCCCACCUACUAGAUCACCCAGUCCUGUAAAUAUGAGGGAUUUACAUUCCCCCAGUCCAACUCCAGAGCCCACUGUAAGAGAUCUUUUGGACGUAAACGACAAACCUCCAGAAAAUGUUCAACCUCCUCAGGAUAAUACACAAUCUCACACGACGGAUCUGUUUUCUUUGAACGAUGAUAAUACCUGUGACAUAAAUCAAAAUCCUGCUGUAGGCUUUGGUCAAGAGCACUUUAUUCAGAAUCAACCAUUUAUCCAAAAUGAACCGCUAAUUCAAAAUAAACCUCUUAUACAUAACGAACCACCAGUUCAAAAUCCAGUCAAGCCUCCUCCUCCACGCCCAUGUCCACCAGUAAGACCGCCAAAACCUCCAUUACCUGCUCCACUAAUCCAAAAGAAAGAAGAACCUGUUGUUCAAAACAUAGAAGACAUUGAUAUGUUUGGCGUUGAAGAACCUCCAAGGAAAAAAGAAGUUACGAAAGAUGAUAUCUUAAAUUUAUAUAAUACUCCCAAGCAAGAACCAGUAAAAGAUUUGCUUUCUGAUUUGAUGGAAACUGAAAUACCUCCUCAGUCAGACAUGAACACACCUUCAACUGAAACUGUUGAAGGUAACAAAGUGUUUUCGCCCAUAAAUCAGACACCGGAUGCCAAAGACAAUUUAACGCCAAAUGAACAGAAUCAAGAUGAUCUUCAAAUGGAUUUGAGUGAUAGCCAAAGUAAAGGUUCCAUUUCUAGUUUCACUCUAAAUCCUUUUGCUCCUUCAGAAGAUUUAAACGGACAAAAAGUAGAUGAAAUUAAGUAUGAAGAAAGUCAUAAUAUAGAGCAAAACACAAUGGAAAUUAAUGAAAAUAUUAAUAAUACAAACUUUUCUACAGAUAACAGUGGUCUACAGGAUGAUAUAUUUGGUGUCACCGAUCAACAAAUUAAUUCGACGCAAUUUGGUGACAUGAACUUUGGAUUUUCCGAUACUUCAGUCACUAAAGAACCAGCUGACACAGAAACAAAUAUUUUCGGUUCACAAUUACCAAAUACAACUACUGCAGAUUUCAGUAACACGUACACAAGUCCUGAUUCUUUCGGUAAAGCAAACGAUAUAAACAUGUUUGGUACUACAACAACAACUAACGAAAACGUAACAGGUGCAUUUGAUGCAAUAAAUAAUUCUAGUGUAGACAUUUUCGGUGGUGCUAAUACAACUACAGAUUCUUUGGCACUUCAAACAAUAUUUUUGGUACUACGACUACCACGACAGAUACUUUUGGUGCAAUCAAUCAAAAUUCAAAUGCAUUUGGAACAGCUAAUGCAGCUGCAGAUUCUUUUGGGACUACAAAUAAUAUCUUUGGUACUACCACUACAACUACAGAUGGUUUUGGUACGACCAACACAAAUUCUAAUGCCUUUGGGUCCAGUCACGCAAUUGGAGAUGCUUAUAGUCCGGCAAAUUGACGAUUUUGAUGAUUUUGCUAAAAAAUUCGAUUCGGCCAAAGCUGACGAUUCGGCGUUUGGAGGUGCUUGGGGUAAUGAGUUUGUAAAUACGAAUGAUACGUCAGUUGGAUUCGGACAAGACGAUGGGUUCGAUGCAUUUUUGGCGUUGCAAGAACCGCCAGUGGUUCCGCAAUCUACGCCGAAUAAAAUCAGUAAAGCUGCUUCACAAGAAUCCGAUGAAGAUAAAGACUUUUCAGUAUUUAUUAGGUAA